CGGGGCGUUUCGGCGGCGGCUGCGCCAAGAUGGCGGCUAGCGGAGUGGGCCGCGCAGCUGCUGCCGUGGGCACGUCCGUAAAGCCGGUGUUCAGUCGGGACCUGACCGAGGCCAAGCGGCGGGUGCGGGAGCUGUACCGGGCCUGGUAUCGCGAGGUGCCCACCACGGUGCACCUUUUCCAGCUGGACAUCUCGGUGAAGCAGGGCCGCGACAAGGUCCGAGAAAUGUUCCUGAAGAACGCCCACGUCACGGACCCGCGGGUGGUCGACCUUCUGGUCAUUAAGGGAAAGAUGGAACUGGAGGAAACGAUUAAGGUGUGGAAACAGCGGACGCAUGUCAUGCGAUUCUUCCAUGAAACGGAAGCCCCGAGACCCAAAGAUUUCCUCUCCAAAUUCUAUGCUGGUCACGACCCAUGACUCGGUGGUGUGGAGAAGGGUGAAUUGCUAUUUAAUAUAUCAAAUAAAUUCUCAGAUGUGA